ACAAUUAAAUAGAUUUGAAAAAAAUCAAAUAGGAUAACAAUCAAUGGCUUAAGUAUUUUUAUAGUACGCUUCGUCGCCAAAAUAAUUGGGAGUUUUUUUUUUGUUUAGAAAAUUUUUCGUUUUAGAUAUAUAUUAAGGGAACUCGACUACGCUAGUUCGAGUUAGGGAGAAGUUCGCGUUGUCCAAGUAUGAGUUAGCGGCGAGUUUAAAUUGUCCGAGUUCAAGUUAUUCCGGUUGUAGCGGGAUUCCAAAACUCAUACAAUGCCAUUAUUGUUAAAAAAGUACUUGAAACUUGAAUAGUUGCUACCAAGGGCUCAAAAGUGAGUCCCUGUUGCUACCCAAUUUCUUUAACAUGUGAUUUUAUUAUCGAUAUGGACUAGUUGGGACGCUCGGUCCACUUAAUAAGUAGUAAUUAGUAGUAAUAAUUAGUAGUAAUCUUGUAACAAAACCAGUCCUGAAUGUCUCCUAUAUAGAAGACGCUUUAAAGUGACGUCAUCACAUUCUCCCAGAUUCGCGGGAAAUUGAGCGCUAAGAGUUUGCAAACCCGCUCGUAUUUGUGAUUCCCUGUAGCCUUUACCGGUUCCCAAGGUAUAAAUAGGGAGGAGUACAUCUUGACUUCAUUUUGACUAAGUAUGGUGGCUUUCCAGUGAUUUGGUGGGGGACGGUGAGUAAAUAUCGAACUAGUGCUGGCUUCCUUGCUCGGGUCUGUGAGAGGACACGGAACUCACCGACCUCGGCGGAACAUAUUUAAGUCCUGCUUCUUUUUAAAAAUGUUUAGAGAACCCAUCUUUUGGGGAAUAAACCUCUGGUUACUUUUACGUCUUUGUGUGAAAUUUUAUGACUCUCAAUGGAAAGGCUGCGAUUUUGAAUUUCAAUAACAAACUUUUCGGGCACCACUAAGUGAUACCAAGCAUUUGAGCAAAGAUAUUGCUAGCUGGCCUUGGUUGCUUUUUGAGAGUCUAGUGAGUUUAUUGUCCGAUCUCAUAUCCAAAUCCUUGAAUGGAAGCCACAUUAUGGCCAGACAGUUUUUUGCUUAAAUUUAAAUACGAAUUGACGAUAUAGCCGACGAUAUAACUUUCUGGUAAAUUAUAUCCUUGAGUAUUUCGAUAGCAAAGGUCUAAAGAGUGUCUGCAAUUGCAUAAAGUAAAGUGUGAAAUAUUUAGCUAAACCUCAAAUUCUUUUUUUAUUUGAAGCUGAUAAAAGACACUCCCUGGCACAAUAAACUGAGUUUUUUAAGCAUCAGUGUGUUAAGUCAUCUAUUUAUAAAAAUGGUUUUUUUAUCAUUGAGGGGAAAUAAUAAUAAGUGCAUGUGGCCUUGAGCUUACGUCUGACUUCGUGCCUUUUAUGACAUGAAUGAAAUACGCAGCUGGUUCCAGUCUUGUUCUGAUCGAAUCGAUCUCAAAUAUCAUUCACUUAUGCUCUAACGGUUGUAAACUUGAGUUGAAUAUGCUGGAUCCACGAUAUCCAUGACUACUUUCACGAGUUUAGCAAUCGUAAUCGUUUUGCAAAAAUAUAUCAAGGUUACAUGAGCCCGUUGUAACUUACAUGAUCUAAAUUACUAAUCCUUUAUUCUGAUCGAUUGAAUCUUUGUUUUGGUCCUAUAAUAAGCGUCUCCUAUAUAGGAGACAUUUAGGACUGAAAAACAGAUGUCUUUCUACCACCUACUUUCGGGCCCGAUUUGAUUGAAACAGAAAUAAUUACAGAUUAGAAUAUCUAAUUGCGCUUCCGAAGUGUCAAUUGUAAAAUAGUCGAAUAUCGACUAUUCGAUAAGAUGAUGGCGCGAGAAAGAAUAAAUUCUAUAUGUGACAGCGGCGUAGAAGAAGGGAAGGAAGAGAGGACACUAACAUGAAUUAAAUACCCAAAAUUGGAUGUACGCGUAUUUUAGCUGCAAUUGGUUCUAAUCUUGUGAAAUACAAAUAUUGGAUAAAACACACAACAUGUGGCUUUUACAAUAGAAAUUUUGUCAAAAUUGAAAAUAGCCCAAUAGGGAACAUCGGCAUAAAAGGGGACUAGUGCGGGGACCACUAGGAAAGACACCUAUGUAUCAAAAGUAGCAUAUAAACUCGCACGAAACCGCCAGGUCUCAAAACGACUUCAGCAUUUUGGUAUAACACAAAGAUUUAAUUUAUAAAAUCAUAAAAGAAAUUGAAAAAGCGAUGGAUCCUAGAGAAAUUUCUGCGAUGUUUGGUUCCAUAGCCGCACUUUCAGUCCUUGGCAACGCCAUCUUGUGUGUUGUGAUCGCGCGUAGACGCUCAAUGUUGAAGAAAACCUACAAUGUAUUGAUCUUGAAUCUCGCCAUCUGUGAUGCAUUGAUGGGUGUUUUCCUUGUGCUGACACCGAACUACAUCAUCCCCAUGAAGUCGUUCCCGGUGAUGAGCGGAGGGAGUGGGCGCGCUUUCUGUCGUGCCAUCUUCUCAACCUACUGCUUGUUUGUCUGCGGAAAGGCGUCUAACACUACCAUCAUGUGUUUGGCCAUCGAACGAUGGUGCGCUGUGGUCAGACCAACAAAAUACAAGGCGAACUUUAACCGCAAGCGAGUCUCUUUAUACAUCGCCUUGAUUUGGUUGGCCGCGGCAGCGACCGAAAUUUUUGAGUUGUUCAUCGCUGAUCUGAUGCCUGACGGAAGAUGCGAAUGGAUCACUCCUUUCUACGGGGAGGAACUCAAUAAAGCUUUUCUCGUGUUUCACAUCACCAUUACAUUCUACAUCCCCAUGACCAUCACGUGGAUUUCAUUUGCCCAUAUUUGGUACCGCAUGUCACACAAUCAGGUCUCGACUCAGCAAGGAGAUGCAGGCAAAAAAAGCGUGGUCAGAAUGUGCUUGCUGGCUGCUUUGCUGCUAAGUCUCUGCUGGUUUCCGACAGAAACCUUUUGGAUCCUAAAGCAAUACAAGGUGGUCGUCCUACCCAAUGUUUGGUACUGGGUAUUUAACUUCUUUGCCUUCUUCAACUCCUGCUGCAACCCUCCUUUGUACUGCUUGACCAACAAGACCUACCGCCGUGAAGUGUUCGGCCUGUUUUGGUGUGGCAAGUGCGGAGCAGAGGUUGCCCCAGAAAAUGCAGCAGGCCAAUCCAUGCAUUCCCAGCAGAAUCUACGAGAUACGGAAGGCAGCGACGGAGCAGAGAGUGGUUGAUGUUGAGGAAUCGGUCAUGGCUGAAACAAUGAUGACUUCAGUGGCCAGAGACGGCAAAGGAACAGAGUGUGUCUUACCAUGAAUCGAAGAUACAGGAAAGUAAGGCACAAAAGGGCAACGCACAGGAUAGUAAGACAGAGGAGAACAAGGUACAGGAAAACAAGGUACAGGAGAACAAGGUACAGGAGAGCAAGGUACAGGAGAACAAGGUACAGGAGAACAAGGUACAGGAUAACAAGGUACAGGAGAACAAGGUAAAGGAGAGCAAGGUACAGGAGAACAAGGUAAAGGAGAGCAAGGUACAGGAGAACAAGGUACAGGAGAACAAGGUAUAGGAGAACAAGGUACAGGAGAGCAAGGUACAGGAGAACAA